CACACACACACACCUGGCAAAUCUUACAGGAGAAAGGCUUUCCGGGAGCUGUCUUGUUUUCUAGGAAAUCAACAUGAAAAUCGAAGGUCUCGCGCGCACACCGCGGGAGCCCCACCUUCCCCGCACCAAGCGCCCGGCCUGAGCCCCGGGCAGGGCAAGCGGGGGUCCCGGGCGAGGACGGAAGGCGCGCGCGCGGCGGGGCGGGUGACCAGGUGGACCGGCAGGGCCGGAAGAGGGCUCGGAGUUGGCUGGCGGGCGGCGCCGGAGGCAGGUGCCAGCGGGAGUGGGCGGGGGCGACCCGGCGUCACCCUCCUCCGGGGGCCGGGCGCGCACACCAGCUCGGCCCGCGGAGCCGGGGGCACGGGCGUCCCCGCCGCCCGCAGGAGGAGCCCGAGCGGCCGCAUCCUCCGGAGAGACGCCGUGGGCUCCGCAGCCGCCCUCCCCCUCCUCCGAGAGGCGAGCGCCGCCCGUCCCCGCGCCCCGAGCCUCCACCUGCCGCGGACUCUCGGGCUGCCGGGCGCGGGGCUGAGAAGGUGCGAGAAACAGGGCCCCGGGAGACAGCGGCUCUCGGGGACCGCUCCGCGCAGAGAGGGGACGCCCUUCCACGCCGCCAGCCCCCGCGCGUUCGGCGCCCCGGCCCCGAGUUCAAGGGCCACCGCCCUCGGAGGGGGCUCUCCGCGCGGGCAGCGCCCCGUCCCGGGGCUCCGGCGCCUCGCCCCACCACCACCACCCCGCGGCGGGGCCAUGCCGGGGCUGCGCCGGGACCGCCUGCGGACCCUGCUGCUGCUGGGCGUGCUGCUGGCCGCCGACCUCUACUUCCACCUCGGGCCCCGGGUACGGCGCCGGCUGCGGCCCCGGGAGCGCCCGCCCGGCUGCCCGUGCGCCCACCGCGCCGCCACCUCGGGCCCUCGGCCGGCCGCGCGCCACGUUCCCCCGGCCGAGCCGGACGGCGGCGGCCCCGGCUCCAAGCUGCGGGCCCUCUUCGCGCACCCGCUGUACAACGAGCCGGAGAAGCCGCCGCUGCUGGGGCCCGAGGACUCGCUCCUGGCCGGCCCCGAGGCGCUGCGCUAUUACCGGAGGAAGGUGGCCCGCUGGAACAGGCGACACAGGAUAUACAAAGAGCAGCUGAAUCUCACUUCCCUGGAUCCCCCACUGCAGCUCCGCCUGGAGACCAGCUGGAUCCAGUUCCACCUGGGGAUCAGCCGCCACGGCCUGUACUCCCGGUCCAGUCCUGUCGUCAGCAAACUUCUCCACGACAUGAGGCACCUUCCCACCAUCAGCGCUGACUACAGUCAGGACGAGAAAGCCUUGCUUGGAGCCUGCGACUGCACCCAGAUCGUGAAACCCAGUGGGGUCCACCUCAAACUGGUUCUGAGGUUCUCGGACUUCGGGAAGGCCAUGUUCAAACCUAUGAGACAGCUGCGAGAUGAAGAGACGCCCGAGGACUUCUUCUACUUCAUUGAUUUUCAGAGACACAACGCUGAGAUUGCAGCUUUCCAUCUGGACAGGAUUCUGGACUUCCGACGGGUACCACCGACCGUAGGGAGGCUAGUCAAUGUCACCAAGGAAAUCCUGGAGGUCACCAAGAAUGAGAUCCUGCAGAGUGUUUUCUUUAUCUCUCCAGCCAGCAACGUGUGUUUCUUCGCCAAGUGCCCGUACCUGUGCAAGACGGAGUAUGCCGUAUGCGGCAACCCGCACCUGCUGGAGGGCUCCCUGUCCGCAUUCCUGCCGUCCCUCAACUUGGCCCCCCGGCUGUCCGUCCCCAGCCCUUGGAUCCGCUCCUACUCGCUGGCGGGCAAAGAGGAGUGGGAAGUCAACCCUCUUUACUGCGACACGGUGAAGCAGGUCUACCCGCACAGCAGCAGCGGCCGCCUCCUCAACAUCAUCGACAUGGCCAUCUUCGACUUCCUGACGGGAAACAUGGACCGGCACCACUACGAGACGUUCACCAAAUUUGGGGACGACGGGUUCCUGAUUCACCUCGACAACGCCAGGGGGUUUGGACGGCACUCCCACGACGAAAUCUCCAUCCUCUCGCCACUCUCCCAGUGCUGCCGAAUAAAAAGGAAAACACUCUCGCACCUGCAGCUGCUGGCCCAAGCCGACUACAGACUCAGCGAUGUAAUGAGGGAGUCGCUGCUGGAAGACCAGCUCACGCCUGUGCUCACAGAGCCGCACCUCCUCGCCCUGGAUCGCAGGCUCCAGACUGUCCUCAGGACCGUGCAGGGCUGCAUAGAGGCCCACGGAGAGCACAGCGUCGUGGCCAACGGCCCCACGGGACAGUCGGCCCCAGACUCCGGCCCCAGCUAGGGGCUGGACGAGUCCAACCUCGGGAACUACGCCUGGAGCCCGUGGUGGACUCUGGAGUGUGGACCACAGUGUCCUCGCAGGCCCCAGCCAGGCUGGGGCCUGGGUCAGGAGCUCACGAAGCAGGCAGGGCACUGGGAUGAUUCCAAAAGAGCAAAAGAAGUGGGACCCACUGCACUUUCCUCCUUGGAGCACUGCCCUGGCUCCCCAUCAUCUCCCCAGAAGCUCGGCUUCAAGGCCACAGACCACCUGCUAAGCCCACUGGGAAAUCUGGACACGGGCCGGCCUGGAAGCCUGGCUCCCAGCAGAGAGCAUUAACUGUAACAAAUAAAAUUACGGGACAUCAGAUGGACACCCCCAGAUCUUUAUUACAUCUACAAGGAUAAUUCCUGAUCCAGAUUAAUAAACAUCUGGCAUCUCACAAGCAGACCCCCCAAAACAGCCCUAAAUCUGGUAACUCCACCUGGUUCAAAGUAGUCUGCACACUUUCUAUUCAUAUUCUAAACACUGUGGCCCAGCCUGAACACAAUAAUCCCUACUGACUGGUCCUAAAGUAAUUUCUCAGAAGUGUUAUUACAAGAGGUGAAAAUAACACAGGGAUUUGCUCAGAGUAUCAGCAAAGGGAUAUUUCAAUCCGAAGAGUAAACGUCAACUGAAAUAACAUCAAGGCUGUCAAAGCUGGCACCCAGCAACAAUAGAAGGCAAGGCGAGGGUGGCCCUGAAGCACAGUCAGGGCCGACCCGAGCCCACCGGUGAGUCCUCCUCCCCUCAGGCUCAGGAACUGUCCCCCACCAGUGCCCAAGCGCAGCAGGGCUGUCUGGAGAAGCCUGGCACUCUGGAUGCCACCCCCCUCUGCUCACUCAAAACACUAAGUCAAGUUUACUUUCCAAGCCUCCCUCAAAAGUGGGCAUCUCAGGGGUUUCCUGUCCCUUCAGCCUCCUCCCUGCUGACCCGCUCCUGUCUGAAUAGGAGACUGUUUCUUAUUCAACAAUCCACGAAAACACACAGGAUAGGCGUGUAUUCACAUUAAUCACUCAGCAAGUAAAAACGGCUGAUUUCAUCCGCUCAGCUUUUCUGGUACAGGCCAGAGGCACAAAUACCAGUACGAGUGGGGUGGGAAGAAGCUGUCGCUAAAGCGGGUAUGAGGUCAAGACGCCCCUAGACGUCAUCCAAGACGUCUGCCGUGUGCCCAGAGACAGGGGCGCUUCCGGCCCAGCCCGGCUGCCCCCGUCGCUGGUACGCUGCCCCGAACCUACGUCCCCGUGAUAGUGAUACCAUUUCCAUUCACGGAGCACGUUCUCCACGUGCGAAAGUCAAACGCAGGCUUCCAAUCCUCCCCAACAGACAGGAUCCCUGACCCCCAGUGUACCUCCAAGAAAACUAAGGCUCAGGAAGGUUAACUAAAAUCACGCAACUUAAUGAUUCAAAACUAUCCCAAAGCGUUCUUUCCACUGUAACGCAAAACUCAACAGCAUCUCACCCAAUUCACGCAGUUGUAUUUGUUGGCUUUAAAACGAAAACCAGUCUUCAGUAGAGGAACCUCAAUCCCAGAGCCUCGUGUUACUGAGGCGUCCCUACUGCUGCUCAAGGCCUCCCACUUCACAGAUGGUUUCUUCUACUUCAAGCCUGCGUUUCCUCUUGGAGGGGGAGCCAGGUAAUCACACACAGCGGAGCGAGAGGAGAAUAUUCAGGCGAAGGUGUUCAGAGACUAUAGCACAAAAUGGUCUGAACUUCCAAAUUGCAGAGGCUCAGGAAGGCAGGCCCAGCUCCACCUCGACCCGGCCUCUUCCAUGACAACGGACUAGUUUUCAGAUGGCCUACAAUAAAAAUGCUGGCGUACUUUACAGACUGAGAGUAAGAGAACUGAGUUUGACCACAGUAUGUCGCGUACCUAGAUAUUUCAUCAUUCACCCAUUAUUUUUUCACUAAUACCAAAAUUAAGCCUCUACCAUUUGUCAAAAAUACCAGAAAACAAAAGACCCCAGUCUUAGAUCUAUCAAGUUCUUCCAGCACGCUCAUUUUGGACCACUGUUCAAUUUUCCAUGACAUAAAAACUCUCCUGUCUCUAGGUUAAGAACUUUUCGUGUUUUCCUGUCAGUACUACUGACAGCAAACUAAAAAAUGAAAGGGAACCGACAGCCCACGAGCUGGUGGAGAAAGCCGUCUGGAGGAACUCACUUAGCCUCCCCCAAAGUCAGGAGGACAAUCUGAGUCUGAAGACGGUAAAAAGGGUAGUUGAUUCUCUUAUCUGUGGUAGUUUUAUGGUUGAUGAGUCACCAAGGACAUGGAAUCAGCGGAGACAGCCGCCUUCCCCUAGAAGCGAUACAGGGCUAUAGGUUCCUGUGAGAGCCUCUGGUGACAUUCCUGUCAACCUACCAAUACACAAUCUUGAUUCCUGUGUUACGGUGUGUUGAAGACACCUCAGUUAGUAUCCACUGUUGCUUCAUGAACACUGAGCUCGGCCAACGGCGCUGCCGCUCACGCCUGAGAGAAGCUGGCUGACACGUACCCCUCUAGAGACCCACCACAGCCAUCUCACCCUCGGGACCCCCAACCAGGACACGAGCACUCCUCUGGGGGCCACUUUAAAUAGAGAAAUCACCAACAGGAAGUACAAAAAUGCAAAAAAGUGGCACUAAAUAGACCAAAACAAGGGCAUCUGAUCCCAGCUGAAACUAGAAGGCAGAGUGUGCCUGGUCUGACCUCCGCCAGGCACUCGCGUGUCGGGAGACGCGGGCCCCUCUCCACUCAAGUCUGGGAAUGACUGUGACAGUGCCGGGAGUACUGAUUUGGGGGUUACAAAUGAAUUUCAGCAAGUACGCAAAUUUGCAAAGUUCGCAAAUAUAGCAUCCGUGAACAACGAGGACCGACUGUAACUGACUUUGAGGCUAACAAAGAUGAUAAAAAGCCCUCCAUCUAGUGGUGACUUAGAAAACCACAAAGCUACUUAAGCUACACUGGCAGAGAGCUUUCGCAAAACGAAAAAAUUCUGCUCAUUAGUGGCUUGGGUUUUUAGGCAGCAUCAAGAUGCAGUCACAGCUCUGGACUUCUGUCAGUCCACAAAUUUUAACUUUAUAACGCACACAGUAACACUGACUGCUGUGUGAAACUCCUUAGGGUAAGAAGGGAGAGAUUUACCAUUCUCCCUUUUAUGUUCUCUCCACAGUCUUUCCUGAUGGCUAUUAUGAUGGCGAUCAACACACUGCUUCUCCAUGUUGUUUCAGCCCAUCUAGAAGUACACUGCCAGGGCCUAACAAAAAUACAAAAAGGGUUCAGCUGUUCAUCUGUGGUUGGAGAGAAAGCAAUAUUAAGAAAACUAACAUCGUACUACUUCAAUUUUACACUGUCAAUAUUUAAGUCAUUAAAAUACAAAAAGGGAUUUCAUAUAAGCCAGUGUUUUAGAGGGAAAAUUAAACUACAACCAGCAGUACAGUCAACCCAGGAAAAUGUUCUUCAGUUAUAUUCUGUUGUGACUCAAAAGGUUCCAACUCCAGCAGGUUGAGGGAGGGGAUUACUGAAUCUGGACAAAGUGCAUGUGUUACAAAGUCGCACAGCUUAAGCAGUGUUCUGGGCAAUACAACAUUAUCUCCAACUUCACUGGAUGUAAAUGAAUUAAUUCCAAUAUGCUAAUGAAUUCAAUUUAAUCGUCCCCGCCUCAGAAAUGAGAAAUGUUAGAAAUGACUUUGUAUGUAUGCGAAAUAUAGAAGCAUACCUAAAUAUAUGAAUGCACAUAUUAAAUUUAAACCAAAGAGUAUGCUGACCUAGAAAUGACAUCCCCCAUUAAGUGUGGGAAAGUUCCAAAGCCAGAGAACCAGUCUACCCUCAAUAAAAAGGAAAUCUUUGACCUCUGA